CCCCCUCGAGGGCUGAGGACGGGAGCGCGACGGGAGUUGAGACUCUCGCUGCGGCUGGCGCUCUUUAAGCGUCUCUGUCGCCGAGGAGCGGUCGCCGAAGAGCCACCGGCCCGAGUAUCAUGUCCAGAUACGGGCGCUACGGAGGAGAAACUAAGGUUUACAUUGGUAACCUUGGGACAGGUGCGGGGAAAGGAGAACUAGAGCGAGCAUUCAGUUAUUAUGGACCUUUGAGAACAGUGUGGAUUGCUAGGAAUCCUCCAGGGUUUGCCUUUGCGGAAUUUGAAGAUCCGAGGGAUGCAGAAGAUGCUGUCCGCGGCCUGGAUGGAAAGAUAAUCUGUGGGUCCAGAGUUCGAGUCGAGCUGUCUACAGGAAUGCCGAGGCGCUCUCGGUACGACCGCCCCCCCAUCCGGCGGCCUUUUGACCCCAACGACAGAUGCUACGAAUGUGGCGAGAAGGGUCACUAUGCCUAUGACUGUCACCGUUACAGUCGACGUCGGAGGAGCAGGUCUAGGUCCCGGUCCCGGUCACACUCCAGGUCCCGGGGAAGGAGGUACUCCCGCUCGCGCAGCCGGAGCCGUGGAAGGAGGUCAAGAUCGUUUUCUCCCAGGAGAUCUAGAUCUGUAACUCCCAAGAGAUCCAGGUCAAGAGCAAGAUGUAGAUCAAGGUCCAGAUCAGGCUCUCGUCGAAGGAGCAGGUCUGGCUCGGGGGGUAGAUCCAAAUCCAGCUCUCCAAACAGGAGCCAAUCGAAAUCUAGAUCAUCACCUUCAAAACGAAGCCGGUCCCCUUCAGGAAGCCCUCGCAGGAGUGAGAGUCCAGAGAAAGAUCAUUAAACUUUUAUCAAGGUGUAUCUUUUAGAAAUUUAAGUGAUUUGCUUACAUAACAAGGGAAUCUGAGGAUUUAAUUUGAGUGUUGGUUUAUGUUGGUUUAUGUUCUUCCUGGUUUGUACUGCAUUUUUUUUUUUAUUUUCUCUAGUUUUUAAACAUAAAAACAUGGUAGGCAAACUGGAUCCCAGACUUUUUUUAAGGGAUACAUUAUAUUUCUAUUCUACAAGUGGUUUGUGAUGCUGUAGAAAAUGUGUAUGGGCUUUUUUGUAUGUUUACAUUAAAGUUGAAACUUCUAGCUGAACCAUCAGAGUGGAA